AUGCCAAUUAAAGCAUAUCUCCAAUCCCCACCCCUCAGGCCCACAGUGAAUACUCACGGCCUACCUCCCCGUCGUAUCUCCGCCUUAAUCAUAGAGGAAGAUCUGUCAGACAUUGAUACCCCAGACGCCUCUUGGUUCCUCCCCGCCAACGUUUACGAAACAAUUACAAUCUCCCAAAAGGAGGUCCCAGAAGAUUUCGAAAACGAUAACUCAGCUCUUAUAAUUGCACCAAUUCAUUUAGAUAUCCCCACCGCAGCCGAUACAUCUCGUCGUCCAUCGAUUUGUCUUGCUCGUUUACAAACACAGGGCAUUGAAGACUCAGACAUCAAACUGCCAAAUUACGAAUACGCCCAUUCAAUGAACACAGCAAGCAGAAGGGGUAGUACUUCUUCUGAAGUAUUCUUCCACUCACCACUGAGGAGGACAAGAACAUACGAAAAUUACUCGAGCAGCGGAAGUAGCAGCGGAAGCGGUAGUUCUAUGGCUAGCGGGUACGAAAGUCCGGUGUUUUAUCCAGAUAGUGACUGCGGAUGCGAUGACUGCGACUGCGACCACGAGGAAGCCGGGGUUUCCAAAAUGGCAAGGUCGUUACCAAUUCAAGUCCCUGCAGCAAAGGGAAACGCGACGACAACGAGGAGAAGAAGGGGGUGUUUUGUUCAAAACGACACGAGGAAGAAAGUUGAUGAAGAUGAAAUCAUGGAGGAUUCUGAUGACGAGGAAGCAAUCGAUGAAGGAUCCAUCGAAGACUGGGUUCAGUUUGCUUACAGUACGUCUUACCAAUCUACAAUUUCCUGUCGAAGUUUUACAUGA